AUGACCGUACGAGGAAAUCUGAUGACUCCCCUUACUAUUUCCCUGCUUCCUCCCCUCCGCUAUUUCUUAACCUACAGUGCAGCCACAGGAGGCGGGGCCGGCAUGAGGGCGAGGGAGUCACCGAAGGAAAAUAAAAAACCAGGUAGUUCCAAAGGCUGUAAGAAGCCUAUGAAGCAAAAUGGGAAGAAAGCAUCCUCCAAAGGCACUCUACUCCCCAGUUUGGUUCAUUGUAAUGAUCAUGCCAGCCGGGAGGCUGAAUUAAAGAAGAAGAGGGUUGAGGAGAUGAGGGAGAAGCAGCAGGCUGCUCGGGAGCAAGAGAGGCACAGACGCAGGACCAUUGAGAGCUACUGUCAGGAUGUCCUGAGACGGCAGGAGGAGUUUGAACGCAAGGAGGAAGUUUUGCAGGAAUUAAAUAUGUUUCCUCAGCUGGAUGAUGAGGCUACAAGGAAGGUAUACAAGGAGUUCCGUAAGGUGGUGCAAUACUCUGAUGUAAUUCUGGAAGUCCUGGAUGCCAGAGACCCAUUGGGCUGCCGCUGUUUCCAAAUGGAGGAGGCUGUUCUGCGGGGAGGCAACAAGAAGCUGGUCCUGGUCUUGAACAAGAUUGUAGGUGUUAGGCUGAAUUGGGUAAGAUCUGGUUCUAAGGAGAUUGUGGAGAAAUGGGUGGAUUACCUUCGUAAUGAACUGCCAACCGUGGCCUUUAAGGCCAGCACCCAACAUCAGGUCAAAAACUGCCCUUAUUUCCAGAAUCGGUGUAAUGUGCCAGUGGAUCAAGCCCCUGAAUCGCUGCUAAAAAGCAAAGCUUGCUUUGGAGCUGAAAAUCUCAUGAGGGUUCUGGGAAACUAUUGCCGCCUGGGUGAAGUACGCACCCACAUCCGUGUGGGUGUCGUGGGCCUUCCCAAUGUUGGGAAGAGCAGUCUGAUCAAUAGCCUGAAGCGCAGCCGUGCAUGCAGUGUGGGAGCCGUUCCUGGGGUCACCAAAUUCAUGCAGGAGGUCUACCUAGACAAGUUCAUCAGGUUGCUGGAUGCUCCAGGCAUUGUCCCAGGACCCAACUCAGAGGUGGGCACCAUCUUGCGUAACUGUAUCCAUGUGCAGAAGCUGGCAGACCCUGUGACCCCAGUGGAGACAAUCCUACAGCGUUGCAACCUGGAAGAGAUUUCCAACUAUUAUGGGGUUUCUGGGUUCCAGACCACUGAGCACUUUUUGACUGCAGUGGCCCACCGCUUGGGGAAGAAGAAGAAGGGAGGCUUAUACAGUCAGGAACAGGCUGCCAAAGCUGUCCUGGCUGACUGGGUGAGUGGGAAGAUCAGCUUCUAUACACCACCACCACCCACCCACACUCUACCAGCCCAUCUCAGUGCUGAUGUUAAGGAGAUGACUGAAGUCUUUGACAUUGAAGAUACUGAGCAGGCCAAUGAAGACACCAUGGAAUGCUUGGCCACAGGAGAAUCAGAUGAGCUGUUGGGUGACACGGACCCGCUUGAAAUGGAGAUCAAGUGGCUCCAUUCUCCGAUGGUGAAAAUAGCAGAUGCCAUUGAAAAUAAAACUACUGUAUAUAAGAUUGGAGACCUCACUGGUUAUUGCACCAAUCCAAACCGUCAUCAGGUGGGGUGGGCUAAACGCAAUGUGAACCACCACCACCCCAAGAACAACAGCGUGGUGGAUGUCAGCUCAGUGGACCGCCGUCCAAUGCUGCAGAGGAUCAUGGAGACAGAUCCUUUGCAACAGGGCCAGGCUUUGGCAUCUGCCUUGAAGAACAAGAAGAAGAUGCAGAAGCGUACAGAUAAAAUUGCCAGCAAGCUGUCCGAUUCCAUGAUGUCUGUUCUCGACCUCUCUGGCAACGGUGAUGACAGUGCUGGUGACUGAUCAGCUGAUUCACUCCCCUCCCGCUCCAAGCACCGGUUCCUGUGGGAUGGGGGAAUACAAAUGGAGUUUGGUUCUCUCUGAAGUAUCUAUAUAUUUAAAAAACCCUCCCAUACUGUGUCCCCUCCCCAUACUAUUCCCUCCAUCCUCUCUAGAGAGGCUGGAGUUGCCAAUCCAGUGUCCUUUACUUAAUCCCUGCUGUGUUUUACAAGAUAAAUAAAAUAUCAGCAGAGCCCAGGUGCUAACAAUUUAUCCCUCACACUUAAUCCCAGGAUCCCACCCCGCAGGUUGAGCUGAUAUUAGGGAUGACCUCCCACAAGCCCUCUUAGACCGCUGAAUGUACAAUAAAGGCUAGACUGUUAGUAGACCUGGAGACCCUGCAGGGAAGAUGAUUUCUUUACCAUUCAACAAGAGGUAUCAGCAUCAAGGUAUUCCUGUAAUGGGCUCCUGGCCAUGCAUCUUUCUUCCAAGUUCUUAAGUCCUCACCUGGGUGGCAGUGGGGACAGGGGGAAUAGUGAUGAGCCUUUUUAUAUCUGUGGAAGAGUCUGGAGAUAGGAUAGAGGGAAGAAGAAAACAAACAAGCUUGGCUGGUGCUAAAGUGUGUUAGGUACUAUUUUGUAGGAAAGGAAUAGAAGGUACCUGUUGUUAGGGCAGCUGGGUGCUUUAGGGACAGUCCCAUCUUGGCAUAUGUGAGAAUUUGGAGGAAUUCUGUUAACUGAAGUGCUCUUGCUGGUCCCUGCCCUUGUGGACCUUAUCCAGCAUCAGAAUUUGAAUUCCAUAAUUCCAGAGAGUUUUGGUUCCAUUUAUUCAGAGUGUGCCCUUAAGAGAGCAGCAGUAUUUGGGACUGUACCAGCUAACUCCUUUCCUAGUGCCUGGAAGCCACCCAUUAAAGUAUAAUUAACUAUCACCUUUUGGACAGCCUACCCAUCAGACAAGAGCAGCAGGCCCAAGCAGUACUAGGGUCUUGGCUUAGUCAGCUUGCUGUCACUAUUAUAAAAUACUUAAGAUAUCAAUUUAUAAAGAGAAAGGUUUAUUUUGACUUAUAAUCUUUAAAGUUACAAUCUAUGAUCAACUGGCUCCAUUGCUUUGGCUUUCUGGUGAGGUAGCAUAGAUAAACUGGGUAUAAGUGGUGACCAACCUUCAUCUCAUGGCCGGUAAGCAAAAAAAAAAAAAAAAAAAAAAAAAGUGGGAGUGCCUGAAGUCCCACAAUCCCUUUCAUUGUCUCACGAUUUAAGGAUCUCCCACCAGGCCCUGCCUCCUAAAAGUUUAGUCCACCUCCUAAUAGUACCACCCCGAGAUCAAGCCUUUUAACACAUGGGCCUUUGGGGUACAUUUAAAAUCCAAACUGUAGCAAGCUCUUGGACUGGGAUAGAAGAUUACAACUGAAAUGAUCUCAUUUUACUAGGGAUUUUGUUUCAUGUACAAAAUUUCAGUUCCUAGCAGUUUAUCCAGAGUCGAGAUAUUUGUAGGGAGUGAGCAUUGCAUUACUUCGGUCUUUGCCCGCUACACUAAACUUCCAGCUAUCCUUUGACCCAUGAAUAAUACCCUUUAGUCUUGCUCUUACCUCUGCCUCUUAGGCCAGCACCCGCAGUUUACCUAACCAGAUCCUAAUAACCAAAUCAGGUGAUAGACUAGAAUGCCACUGACUAUAGACUGUUUUAUUUUGAGACAGACUACUCCUGUAUUCAGGCAUGGCCAAAGGAGGGAGUUAGGUACUGAUUGAGCACAAACUGUAACAAGCUCUGGAAAUCUGUU